AUGGAGGGGCCGGCCGAGCGCGGCGGGACGGCGGGCGAGGCCCCCGCGGGGCUCAUGGCGGAGAUCCGCGCGCCGGGCCCGCGCCCGCUGCGCCUGCUCGAGUGGAAGGUGUCGGUGGGGGCGGCCGUGCAGAUCGGCUCCGUGCUGGCGCUCUGCGCCCCGCUGCCGCCCGCCCCGCGCCCCGCCGCCGCCGCCGCCGCCUCCGCGCCGCCCGCCGCCGCCGGCUCCAGCCGCGCGCCGCGGGCCGCCGCCGAGCGCAAGGUGAAGGCGGAGCGGCCCGGCGUGGUGCGCGAGCUGUGCGCGCGGCCCGGACAGGUCAUCGCGCCCGGGGGGAUCUUGAUAAGACUGGAGGGAUGCAGCCAUCCCGUCGUGAUGAARGGGCUGUGCGCCGAGUGCGGCCAGGACCUGACGCAGUUACGAAGCAAGAAUGGRAAACAGAACGUGCCAUUAUCCACAGCAACUGUGUCUAUGGUUCACAGUGUCCCAGAACUGAAAGUUAGCUCUGAGCAAGCUGAACAGCUAGGAAGGGAAGAUCAGCAGCGACUACACAGAAAUCGGAAACUGGUGCUCAUGGUGGAUUUGGACCAGACGCUGAUCCAUACUACAGAGCAGCACUGCCAACAAAUGUCUAACAAGGGAAUAUUUCAUUUCCAGCUAAGUCGAGGUGAGCCUAUGUUGCACACUCGUUUGCGCCCUCACUGCAAGGAAUUCCUGGAAAAAAUUGCCAAGCUCUAUGAACUGCAUGUGUUUACUUUUGGCAGCAGACUCUAUGCACACACAAUUGCAGGAUUUUUGGAUCCUGAAAAGAAGCUUUUUUCUCAUCGGAUAUUGUCAAGAGAUGAAUGUAUUGAUCCAUUUUCAAAAACUGGGAAUCUUAGAGAUCUCUUCCCAUGUGGAGACUCCAUGGUUUGCAUCAUUGAUGACAGAGAGGAUGUCUGGAAGUUUGCACCCAAUUUGAUAACUGUGAAGAAAUACGUGUACUUCCAGGGGAUAGGAGAUAUUAAUGCACCUCCUGGAUCAAGGGAAAUUCAAAUGAAGAAGAAAGUAAACCACUCAGCAAAGCCAGAGGCAAUGGAUUCAACAGUGACAUCAGCAAAAGAUGCUGAAGAAAUCAAGARUGUUACAUGUAUAGAAGAACGAAGCAAUGGCCUCAAAGCUGCCAAGGACACUUGCACUACAAAUGGUAGUACUGCUGUAAGCAGUGAAACAUCCGACUGGGGUUUGAAUUCCAGCGUUCGAGCUAAUGCUGAGGGCUCCUUGAAUGAUAGCAGCGAUGGCAAAACAGAGAGCGCGGUUGCUGACGAGCUGACAAGUGUGAAGGAAUCGGAGAUUUCUUCAGAACCAGAUAAUAGGACGGUCUUGGAGAAGCAGCAAAUCCAAGACAAGGUAACAAAUGACUUGGACUUUGAGCUGUCUAGUGACAGUGAAAGUGAGGGUGGAGCGGAUGCCAGGAAGUCAUCCGCUUCUGUAUCGGACAGUGACAAUGAGGAAAAGAGAAGCUGGAAAAAAUCAAAACAACCUCUGCAGGAUGAAAAUUUACAGCAAGGCGGUCGCACUGAUGCGAGUGAGAAAAAGGAUGGCCAGGUGAACCAUUCUGAGGACACAAAAUCUCUACCCGGUGAAAAUGCCCACGACAAACCUGUUGAUCUUGAAGCGCAAGAAGAGAGUGAGCAGGAAAGUCUCUGUGACUCAGGAAACGGGUGCACAGACAAGAAGGAAACUGAAACAGAGUCCCAGAUCAGUGAGCAGUCUGGAUUUACAAUGGGCGAGUCCUUAGACCAGAGUAUGGAGGAAGAGGAGGAUGAGGAUGAUACAGAUGACGAUGACCAUCUAAUAUACCUCGAAGAAAUCCUUGUUCGGGUUCACACUGAUUAUUAUACAAAGUAUGAUAAAUACCUGAAAAAGGAGAUUGAGGAGAUUCCAGACAUCAGAAAAAUAGUGCCAGAACUGAAAAGUAAAGUGUUGGCCGAUGUAACCAUAAUAUUUAGUGGACUCUACCCAACAAAUUUUCCCAUYGAGAAAACACGGGAACACUACCAUGCAACAGCCCUUGGAGCUAAAAUAGUGAAGAACCUAGCACUAGGUGCUGAUGACCCUGACAAAGCAACCCAUCUCAUUGCAGCAAGGACAGGCACAGAAAAAGUAAGACAAGCUCAGGACUGCAAAGACCUCCAUGUUGUAAAUCCUGACUGGCUGUGGAGCUGCUUGGAGCGGUGGGACAAGGUUGAGGAACAGCUUUUUCCCUUGAAGGAUGACUACAACAAAACACACAGAGAGAACAGCCCUGCCACGUUUCCUGACGCUCACAGCGCCUUCCCGACGGCUCUGUUUCACCCGACGCCCAUCCAUCCCAAGUCGCAGCCGGGCCCCGAGGUGCGCCUGUACGACCCCACCACCGGCAAGCUGAUCAGGAAGGGCUCGCCGCCGCCCGCGCACUCCCUGUACAUCCAGUCCCCAGCUCCGCCCCUCACCUUGCCCGUCCACGGCGAACACUCGUCCUUCAGAGUUGUUCAACCACAUCAGCAGCAGAUGUUUGAAGAAGAAGAAGAGUUACCAGCAAAUGAGAACGAAGAGCAGCCAGGCCCGUCUAAGCGGAAACGCCAGCCAAGUAUGUCUGAGACUAUGCCCCUGUACACCCUAUGUAAAGAGGAUUUAGAGAGUAUGGAUAAAGAGGUUGAUGACAUCCUAGGGGAAGGCAGUGAUGAAAGCGACAGUGAAAAAAAGAAGUCAGAAAAAGCUAGUGAAAAACCUCAAGUUACUGCAGCAGAGACUCUAGGCGUGAAGACAGAGCAGAGACCUGGCUCAUCGUCRUCAUCAUCAUCGUCGUCGUCAUCGUCAUCAAGCAAAAGAAGCUUAAAAGGCAGUGUGCCCAGGGGCCACAAGCGCAAGCUGGAGGAAGAUGACGGUGCCAGUGAAUCCAGCAAGGAGUCGAGCAACGAGGACGAGGAGGGCAGCAGCUCCGAGGCGGAUGAGAUGGCAGCAGCGCUUGAGGCUGAACUGAACGACUUCAUGUGACCUUCACCCAGGSCAGAGGAUUUGUAAUUAUGUUUUACUUCUCAUAAACAGCGCAGACUUCAGAUGAGUCCCGUAUGUCAGUUCUCAGUGGUUUUUUUUCCAAAACGUGUGUGUAUAUUUUGCAAAGCAACACAAGAGGUGACACAUUAUUUUACAAAAUCRGAAGUAGAUGUUUUUAAGGUGUUUUACUAAAGGAAAAUAUACUUUUUUAAAGGAAAAAAAAAGUAUUAAAUGGGACGUGGUGUGCUAUGCCAAAGACAUGUUAUGAGCUCUGCAGAACCAUCGUAUACAGGACAGUAAUGCAAAGAUUUGUGAAAAAACAUACAGCAAGUUUUUUUAAAGUAUUGCAGUCCGUGGUUUGGGGGGUAGCAGUCUUCAAAAGAGAGAAGGAGAUAAAAGAGAUGGAAUUGUUUGGGUAUCACAGCAGGAUCAUCUGGUCAUCCUUUUCCACAAAUAAAAGCUAUCAAAAUAUAAAAGGAUUUUUAAAGUUAAAAAAAAAAAAAGAACAAUUUAUAUUUGUAUAGAAACAGAGAAUGUGAUAUGCAAGCUUUGUGAACUCUGCACUUGACUUACCUGUCAUUUGCUUCUAAAAGAAUACAUAAUGAUCAAAACUCAUGUUUUUAAGUYUCUUUGUGGAGUAGCUGGGUUAUUUGGGAAACAGUUUAGAUUUUUAACUUUUCUUCUCUGUAACCUGGAAAUUUAGCAAAGCAGACUGUGUGAUACACCCCGUGCUGCCAUAAGAAGGAUAUUCACCCAUUUGUGUUGUUCUUGGAAAGAAUGAGUGCUACUUCAGUCUCCAUAGGAUUUAAUUUCUUUGACAAGAGACCUGAUGUAAAGUUUUUGUAUAUUCUAUUUCAUAUUUGACCCACAGAACAGAUU